ACAGUCUACCCGAAAUGCCUGAUCGAGCGCAGACCCCUGAAGAAGAGGAAGUCGAUUACGCCCCCAACGACGCGCCAGAGUCCGACUUUGCUCCCUCGGAUGCGGAAGAAGGGAAGGUCAAUGGUCGUGCAGAUGACGAAGAUGAAGAUAUUGAUGAUGCUGAGGAACCUGCCACUUCAGUAAAGGGUGACGACGACGAGGAGGAGGAAGAUGAGGACGGUGAACCGAUCAAGAGGAAGCGAGGGAGGAAGGCCAAGACUGAGGACGGUGAAGAUGAGGUAGAAGCUACGCCUGCACCGAAGAAGCGAAGAGGAAGGCCGCCAAAGGCAAAGGGUGCUCCAUCUGCCGGUGUGCCUCUUCCGAAGGACAUCGAUGGGAAUAGGUACGAAGUUGUGAACGAUGAGCUUGAUCUUGGUCUCAGUGACCCUGAAGGUGAAGCCAAGGUCGAUGAUUUGGGUUACUUACAAGGCGGCCGUGAAUACCGAUGCCGUACCUUCACGCUGCUGGGACGCGGAAAGAGACUAUACAUGUUGUCUACAGAACCUGCACGAUGUAUGGGAUAUCGUGAUUCCUACCUCUUCUUCUUGAAGCACAAGACGCUGUACAAGGUCAUCAUGGAUGACACGGAGAAGCAGAGCAUGAUUGACCGCGACUUGAUUCCCCACUCAUACAAGGGACGUUCGAUUGGUGUUGUCACGGCACGUUCUGUUUUCAAAGAAUUCGGUGCGAGGAUUGUCGUCGGCGGAAAGAGGAUCAUCGAUGAUUACUGGGUACAGGCGACAAGAGAGGCUGGUGUCAAGGAAGGUGACCUGGCAGACCCGGAGGACAGGCUUCCUCCACCAGGUAUUGAGUACAACCGGAAUCAGUACGUUGCUUGGCAUGGAGCAAGUUCAGUGUAUCAUCAGACGGUGGUAUUACAGCCUGAGACGUUUAGGAAGAAGAAGGUGGUCAUGACGAAUGAGAAUUGGAUGCUGGAGCACGCACGAGCGGCGAGACGGUACAACACCGAGAUUGCCCGUGCACGGCUAGAGAAGAUGGAGACGGGCCACUAUGAGCCCAAUACGAACUUGAUGUUCUACCCAGCAAGCACACAGCCUACCAGGGCAGUCUGGACGCAAGAGGAGGGUGUAGUGGUGAACGGGGACGUACGAACAUCACCCAAAAGCUCACGGAGGCAGAAUAGAACGGUGGUGGUGGCGACGUCCAUUCGUGCGCCGGCAUUUACAGUACCUACGGGCGGACCUGGGCUGAAAGAUGUGGAUCCGAGUGUGUUUGAGGAUUGUGACCCAGCAGUGAAGGAGGCUAUCUUGAAGCAACAGCAGGAGGAGAAGACAUGGGAGGAGAGCUGGGACGCAUCGCGGUCGCUCAAAGGCACGCUGAAGCUAUGAAAAGGGCAGGCAACGAAUGAGGGGAAUAGAGAUAAGGAUUUCAGAUUAUUAGUAAGGCUUCACGUCACCUGUUGCAGUAGGCUGGCAUUACCUUGCUCAAGGCCGAGC